UGAUGAUUCAAACGUAGGGCCCGCGACGAGUGACGUCGUUCUGGCUCGCGACCGCGACGGCGGCCUAAGCAGAGGCGAUAGGCGAAUUAGCGGCGGCGACUGCGGGACUACGGCGGCGGGGCGGGCGCCGUGCGCAGUCGGGAGCAAGCGGGCGGCGCCGGCGGCUUCAACUGCGGCAGCGACGCCUAGGGCGGCAGAAGAAAACCUCCGCCAACCGGCAGUCGAGUUAGGCCUCAGCGGCGCGGGGCAGGCUCGCGUUGUCCUUCGCGGGAGAUCUCCAUAGAGACCGUGAAAAACAGACGCGGGGGCCCGCGAGAGGCGGCCGUUCUGGAGCCAGGUCCUCGGUCGCGGCCGCCGCCACUCCCUCCAUCGCUGCUGGCGCGUUCGCGCUCUCGUCUCGGCCUCACAGCUUCGCGCGGCUCCGUGCGUCGGUGCCUUCCUGUGUGGGCAGCGCGGGCGGACUUUGCGGCCUGGGCCGGGGCCGGGCGGGGGAGGCCCUAAGGCCGCCGCCUCUGCCUCUCCGGCCCGGGAGCGGGAAGCCGCCGAGGCUCCGCCAUGGCCUCUGGAGCCGGAGGAGGAGGAGGAGGAGGUGGGGGAGGCGGCGGCGGCGGCAAGAUCCGGACGCGUCGUUGCCACCAGGGGCCCAUCAAGCCUUACCAGCAGGGGCGACCCCAGCGCCAGGGCAUUCUUAGCAGGGUCACAGAGUCUGUUAAGAAUAUUGUGCCAGGGUGGCUACAGAGAUACUUCAGUAAGAAUGAAGAUGCAUGUGGCUGCUUGACAGAUACCAACGAGGUACCGCACUGGCCAGAAAAUAGAGAAGAUGACCAUGUGAUGUAUGCCGGUGAGCAGAGUGCCGAUAUUAAUGAUGGGCGAAUAACUCCUGAGCCAUCAGUCAGUAAUGCAGAAGAACCUUCAACAACUAGUACUGCUUCAAAUUAUCCAGAUGUGUUAACAAGGCCUUCUCUUCAUCGGAGCCAUCUGAAUUUCUCUGUGUUGGAAUCCCCUGCAUUACACUGUCAGCCAUCCACAUCUUCGGCAUUUCCAAUUGGCAAUUCUGGAUUUUCCCUUGUAAAGGAAAUUAAAGAUUCUACCUCUCAACAUGAUGAUGAUAACAUCUCAACUACUAGUGGUUUUUCUUCAAGAGCAUCUGAUAAAGAUAUAACUGUUUCAAAGAACACUUCAUUGCCACAUCUGUGGUCUCCAGAGCCUGAUCGCUCCCAGUCAGUCUCACAGCACACUGCCUCCAGCUCAAAAAAACCAGCAUUCAACUUGUCUGCCUUUGGAACGCUUUCCUCUUCACUUGGGAAUUCUUCAAAUCUUAAAACGAGUCAACUUGGAGAUUCUCCUUUUUAUCCUGGGAAGACAACAUACGGUGGGGCAGCAGCUGCUGCGAGACAGUCUAAGCUACGAAACACACCUUAUCAGGCACCAGUCAGAAAACAGAUGAAAGCUAAGCAGCUUAACACACAGUCUUACGGUGUGACCAGUUCCACAGCUCGGCGAAUAUUGCAAUCCUUAGAGAAGAUGUCAAGCCCUUUAGCGGAUGUGAAAAGAAUUCCAUCUGUUUCUUCUCUGAAUUCUCCUCUUGAUAGGAGUGGGAUGGAUACCACAGAUUUUUGGGGCAAAAGACAAAAGACUGGAUAUGAAAAAAGUGUGACACUCAGACAAAAUAGAGAACAAGAAAGUGGCUUUUCAUACCCAAAUUUCAGUAUUCCUGCAGCCAAUGGUUUAUCUUCUGGAGUAGGUGGUGGAGGUGGCAAGAUGAGGCGAGAGAGAACACGCUUUGUUGCUUCUAAACCUCAGGAAGAGGAGGAAAUGGACAUCCCAGUAUUACCGAAAAUAUCUCUACCAAUCUCCAGUUCUUCACUGCCUACCUUCAAUUUUAGUUCCCCUGAGAUCACAACUUCCUGUCCAUCAUCCUUUAGUCCUUCUCAAUCAUUAACAAACAAGGUACAAGUGACCUCUCCAAACAACACAGACAGCCCUGUGUUUAGAUUUUCAUCUCCAAUUGUAAUAUCUACUGAGGCAGUUGUACUAUCGCCGUCAUCUAUUAGAUUUACAUUUAGUAUGCCUGUUGCGAAAACAGAAAUUUCUGGCUCUAGUAGUACUUCAGAACCAAUUAUAAGUAGUUCAGCUCAAGACAACAUUGCUGUGAACAGUACAAACUGUAAGAAGCAAAGUGAAGAUUAUGAGUGUGUUUUAAAACCUGCAAAAGUCCUGAAAGAAGGAAGUGUUCUAGAUGUUCUGAAAAGUGCUGGUUUCGCCUCACCAAAGGUAGAUUCUGUUGCUGCUCAGCCUACUACCACAAGCUCUGAAGUUUAUACAAGACCAGCAAUAAGUGCUUUUUCUUCAAGUGGAGUUGGGUUGGGGGAAAGUUUAAAAGCUGGAUCAUCCUGGCAGUGUGAUACAUGUCUGCUCCAGAACAAAGUUACAGACAACAAGUGCAUAGCCUGUCAAGCGACAAAAUUAACACCAGGAGAAACUGCUAAACAGACUGGAACUGGGACACCAAGCAAAAGUGGCAAAGCACCUCUUUCUGCGUCAGGAACAGGCUUUGGAGACAAGUUUAAACCAGCAAUAGGAUCUUGGGAUUGCGAUACCUGUUUAGUACACAAUAAACCUGAAGCAAUGAAAUGUGUGGCCUGUGAAACCCCAAAACCUGGAACUGGUGUGAAGCGACCCCUGACAUUGACAGUGGUUUCAGAAAGUGCUGUAACUACAGCUGCUUCAUCUUCUAACUGCACUGUUACCUCUGGUACCUUAGUAUUUGGAGAUAAAUUCAAAAGGCCCGUGGGGUCUUGGGAAUGUCCAGUAUGCUGUGUUUCUAACAAUGCCGAAGACAACAAAUGUGUGGCCUGUAUGUCUGAGAAACCAGGAGGCUCAGUCCUUGCUUCUAGUGGCAGCCCUGUACCUGUCUCUGUGUCUUCUGGGAACUUUCUAGGAUUGGACAAGUUCAAAAAGCCUGAGGGAAGCUGGGACUGUGAAGUGUGCCUAGUACAGAAUAAAGCUGACUCUGCCAAAUGUGUAGCAUGUGAAAGUGCAAAGCCAGGCACAAAAUCUGAGUUUAAGGGUUUUGGCACAUCUUCCUCAUCUUCAAAUCUACCAGCCUCAUCCUUCAAAUUUGGUAUUCCACCAUCAUCGUCAUCUGGACCUUCUCAGACUUUAUCAAACCCUGGAACUUUUAAAUUUGGAGAUCAGGGAGGAUUCAAAAUAGGCCUGUCAUCUGACUCUGGGUCUGUAAGCCCCAUGAAUGAAGGCUUUAAGUUUUCUAAAGCAACUAACUCCAAUUUUAAAUUUGGAGUUUCAUCUGAUUCUCAAACUGAAGAAAUUAAAAAAGAGAGUAAGAAUGAUAAUAGUCUUAAAUUUGGACUUUCUUCUGGUUUAAGCAACCCAACUUCAUCAGCUCCAUUUCAGUUUGGUAUGUCUAAUCCUGGACAUCAAGAAAAGAAAGAGGAACCACCUAAAUCUUCAUCUACAGGCUUUAGCUUUGGUUCUGGCGUUAUUAACCCUAUUCCUGCUGCUACUGAUACCAUAGUGACCUCUGAGAACAAAACCAAGUUUAGCUUUGGAACCAUAGAAACCAAGAGUGUUUCAGUGGUUCCUUUUGCAUGCAAGACAACAGAAGCAAAAAAAGAAGAAAUACCAGCUACCAAGGGAGGGUUCACUUUUGGCAAUAUGGAAACUGCCCCUCUGUCAUCUGCCUCAGUGUUUGUUUUAGAAAGAACAGAAGAAAAGCAGAAAGAGCCUGUUACUUCUACAUCUCUGGUUUUUGGAAAGAAAGCUGGCAGUGAAGAGACAAAAUGCCCACAAGUAUUUUCCUUUGGGAAUUCAGAGCAAACCAAAGAUGAGAGUUCUUCAAAGGCAGUGUUUAGUUUCAAUAUGGCAAAACCAUCUGAGAAGGAGUCUGAGCAGCCAGCAAAGGCCACUUUCACUUUUGGAGCUCAAACCAAUACUACACCUGAUCAAGGUACAGCAAAGCCAGUUUUUAAUUUCUUGAACAGUUCCUCUAGUUCAAGUACACCAGCCACUUCAGCCAGUGGUGGGAUUUUUGGUAGUUCCACUUCCUCUUCCAAUCCGUCUGUGGCUGCCUUUGUAUUUGGACAGGCCAGCAAUCCUGUAAGCAGCUCUGCCUUUGGUAACUCUGCUGAAUCCAGUACAUCUCAACCCUUGCUAUUUUCUCAAGAU